AUGAUAGAGAAAUAUCAAAAUAAUAAAAAUAAUAAUAACAGUCAAAAUUUAGAUGAAAUUUUAUCAAAUGAUGAAAUCCAAGGAGAUAUACUAGAGGAAUUUAAAGAAAUACCUGAUAGUGAAUCUGCAAAUACAAUUGAAAUCAAUGAAAAUGGGUCAAAAAAAAACUUAUAUAUUUCAAAUCCAAUUGAAAUAAAAGAACCAGUUUUAUUAUUUUUGAAUAGACUCAGCAAGUCAUUAGAAAAAUAUUGGUCAGUCUCUUCUGAUGUUGGCUUUCUUACUACUCUAUUAGAUUUGCACUCCAAAAAAUUAAUAUAUUUUGGUCAAACUGAAAAGCAAAGGGCUACUACUUUACUUACAGAAAGAUAUGAGAUAUAUAAUUUGCAAAAAAAAACUUUCAUUGGGAAAGAUGAAAAAAAUGAUGAAAAUGAAGAUAUUAUGCUUGAUUUAGAUAAAUCCUUAAUGGAUAGUAUCUUUGGCGAGAAAGAAAAUAAAGAUGAUGGUGAUGAAAAUAAAGUUAAAGAAUAUUUAAAACUCAAGCUAGUUAGAAAUAUUAAUCCUUUAUCUUGA